UGGACAGGGAGUGAGCUGGGUCCUUCUAGUCAACAACUUUAUAAGUUUAAGAUUAGUGACAACUGUAAGUGUGGACCUGAUCCAGAUUGCAGAGUCUCCGAUGGCCUGUGUAUAUGUCCGCACGGCAUACUCGGCAAAUAUGAUUGCCACAACACCUGUCCACUUGAUUGCAAACACGGUGGCACCUGUAUUAAUACCGAUAAUGGCAAUCAUAAAUGUGUGUGCAAACAUGGAUUUCAGGGACCCGUAUGCGAAACUAAAAUAAAAUGUAAAUCCGAGCAAACGGUCACCAAAAGGGGACACUUUGUAUGGAAUGAGAUUGGAUUCAAUGAGAAAGAUCUUCAGCCCUGUCCUCAUGACUCUACUACCAGUGCCGCUCGUAGUUGUUUACUACAACCCAAUGGAACUACUUAUUGGUCUCCCAUUGAUGACAGUCGGUGUCAGGAAAAGGCUCAAACGACAACAACGGAACAGACGUUGAGUACGACAUCGAUAUCAGUAUUGGAUCUGAAAGUGAGGGAUAUUGUCCACGACGUGGUCACCAACACUAAGAUAGCGGCACAGGCUCUGUCAGCCCUCGACGACUAUAUAUCUGGUGAUAGUUCAGAAGUUAAUGAGAUUACAGAUUUCAAGUCUAUACUCGAACUCAUAUUAUCUGAAACUCCGAUGAAUGCCAGCGAAGUGUUCAUCACUUCCAACAAAAACUUUGCCACAAAAGCUAUGAAUGUCUCGGAUUCUGAUGCAAACAAUGACAUCUCA